AUGGAUAUUAACGCGCCGUACAGGGUGCACAGAGUGAUACGGAUUAUGCAGCGGCUGCCUCGUCCCUCAUGCAGGCAGAAAACCCUUCGCGACGUCUAUUGUCCCAUCAAGCUAUACAAUAUUUUUUUAUAUCUAAUACCUGUGCAGCAAAGCACUCCCUCAGUAGCAUUGUAUUCCAGCGAGCGCAUAUUGUAUUGUACUCCCGGAAUAUAGAAUAGUGUAUACCUAUAGGUAGUACCUAUACCGUCGGUACCUCUGCAGGGUGUGUGACCACACUUACAAUCGCUUAUCUAUUCGUUAUAAUUUGCAUAUAUAAUAUUUAGGCACUAUUAUAUUAAUACACGUCAUCGUAUUAUUGUACAUUAUUAUUAUAUUGUAGGUAAAUUGUAUUAUAUAAUAUUGUAAUACACGCGCGAGACGACUAGGCGAGGAUAAUAUAAUUUAUUAUAAUAUAUUAUAAUAGUUAUGGAAAUAACACACGCGAGUAAAUAACAAUAAUAAAAUAAUACGCGCCAUUUUGAUUGCGCGGGCUUCCAACCGUGCCAUAUGUGGAGUGGCGAAGGCCGGUGGCGGUCCGGGUGGUGGUGAGUUCGAAGGAGGAGGAGUAGGAUUAUCCGACGGUGUGGAGUAGUGGGUCUUGGCGGUGGAACACGGCGAUACGAUUCGUCGGUUACCACGGAGCGGAGGGCGUGAGGGUGGGCCGGGUUUGUAGGGGUUGCCCGCUUCCACCGCCGCCGCCGUGGCACGGCGUCGUUGUCGUCUGUUUUAUUUUAUAAACUAUAGCCGACCGACGUGCCUGUCCAUUUCGCGUCGUGCCCACUUUCUGUGAGCUCGCUGUCACCGUGGGCCACUCGAUAUGCGUCCCUCGUUCGCGACGCCGCCGUCAAACAGCGGCGUCACCGUCUCCUGACCGUGACGUUACCGAAUCGAGAGUUCACACCGCGUAAGUAUUACUAAUAUUUUAUUAAUAGGUAUACGUUUUUUUUUCUUCUCCCCAAUUUACUUAUUGAGCAUUAUUAAAUUCAUUUUUUAUUAUAUCUACGAUUGUUGCGUAUCUCCUCAUAAUUUUUAAUAAAUUAAUUUUAUUACUUAGGUACACUUAUAUAGUGUACCUAUACGGUGUGAUUUUUUUUCUCCUUAUUUAAAUGAAAGUUUUUCUUUUUUUUUUUCGUGAUACUAUCAAGAAAUAAUAAUCAUUUUUUUUUUUUUUUUAAUAUAUAAUAUAAUAUAUUAUGGAUGCACAGUAUUAAUAUUAUAUUUUAUAAUAUAUUCUAUAGCGUAUAUCAUCACGCAGCUCACUAUAUUACAAGUAUACAAGUUUAGGUGUAUUACUUAUAUAUAAUUACAUAGGUACCUAUGGAACUUGCUCCAUAUAUUAUUUUUUUAUUCGAAAUCGCCAAACAUUUUUUUUACUAUUAUUUUAAAGUUAUACACUUUUCUGCGAAAAUAGUAACAAUUUACAGUAAUCAAUAUACAAUCUUUUGAGGGUAGUACCUAAAUAAGUCUGAGAAAAUUAAACAUACGAUAAAAUAAACUAAUUAUUAUUUUGUUGUUAUAUUUUUUUUAAAAAAAAUUGAAUAGCAUUUAAUUUAUAGAUAUAACAAAGAUAAAUUGUGAUAAUAAUUAUAUAUACCGUGCGGUGUGGUUUCGCGGACGAACGUUCGCAUGCGGUAAACUUUUUAAAAAUUUAACUAGGACAAUGAUUAUCCUAAUUAAUGAUCCUAGUUAAAAUAAUUAUUAUUAUAAUACGUGUACUGACCAGGUCUUGAUUAACGAACAGGCAAAGUAGGCAUGUGGUUAUUAUGAGCAAAUAACAAGGAUCAUAUAUACCCACAAAUAAUUUAGUUUGUCAAUUUUUUCAGUUAAAAUAUUGUUAUUAAUAUUUAUUAUUGCAAUACCUAAUGUAUUGUAAUUAGAAAUACGAGUAUGAAAUAUUUCACUUGAAAUGUUCAAAUAUACAAUAUUUCAUGGGUGAAAUUCCCAACCGCUUGAAAUGUUUGUCUAGUUGUGAAAAAACACAUUUUUUGAUUUUCCAGUAAGUUUUCAUAAUAAUUGUGAUAAACCGAGAAAAAACCGUUAAACAAAAUAAUAAAAUGGUAUUUCAUUUUAAAAUAUUUUCAAUUUUGUUUUUUUUUCAGAAAUCGUCCUCCUAAAAUCAAGUUUACUUAGUUUUUAUUUUCUGAAAGUAAUAUACGCGUCAGAAAGUAAUAUUUUGUAUAUUUUUCUUAAUAUUUGGUCUAUACUAGGAUAAACUGUAGGAAAAGCGGAAAAGUUUACCAAAAUUACGAUUUUAUUAUUUUUAAUUUUAAUUUUAAUUUUUUGUAAAAUUCGGUUGAAAAAUAUUUGUAAAGACCAGUCCAGUUAUUAUUUUCACAGAAUAAUUAUAUAAAAUUAACUAGACGCAAUAAAAUUUUCAAAAUAUUCUGGCGGUUUUUAAGCUUUGUGUUAGCAUUUUUGACAUUUUCAAUUUUUUUUUUCUAAUUGAUAGCUAUUAUAAGUGGAUAAAAUUGUUUGAACAAACACAAGUACUUGGAAAUUUAAUAUGUGGUUCAUUAUAAGUUAUACUUAGUUGUCAAAAAAAAAAAAAAGUUGGGUAUAAUAUCUUAGGUUAUUAUUAUAAGCAUUUGUUAAGAAUUUAAGAUAACAUUUUGUUACAAGAUACUUUAAUACGAGUAUCUGGAUACUCUAUAUUAGAUAAAUUGAUUUAAACAUCGUAACACCAGACACUAGAUAAGUAUUUUCCAGAACUGUAUCACGAUACAUUAAGGAGACUAGUUAUAAUUUAAGAUACUUACAAUAAUCGAAGGUGGUAAUAUUUAAAUUUUAUAUCGGUUUUAUCUACAAAAUUUGAUUAAACCUAAAUAAAAAAAUAGUAUGAGUAUUCUCAGAAGCAGGCAUUAGUAUAAGUACGAAUAAUAAUAUAUUUUUUUUUAAUUUGUAUUAUAUUGUUUUAGUAUUAUAAAAGAAGAGGGAUUGAUACAAAUAAUGUGAAUUUGUGAUUAUAAUUUUAAAUGUGUAAGAAUAAAAAACUAUUUACAUUUGGGUAGAAUAAGAAAAGUCAUAAUAAAAUAUUAAAAUAGCAUAAUAUUUGUUGAAGUUUAAUUUAUAUUGGCCAUAUUGUAAAAUAUUAAAUAGUUAAUUUAAAAAAUGUAAUAUAUACAUAAAACAAAUAAUAAUAGUUCCUAUAUAUUAUAUAUGUAGGCAAUACAUUAUAUAGUCCAUUAUAUAAACCAUCCUUAAUGAAAAAAUGAUUCUGAGCAAAGUUUGAUUGAUGAGUGUAUAUUUUAAUGAACUGUCGUUCUUUUUAUAAUUUUCGUUAAAAUUUUAACUAAAACUCUUAUAUAAAAAAAUGUUCUAAAUUACACUCUACUUUCUUUUUUUUUUUACUAAUUAUUAUAAAAACUGGUUAGAAAAUCAAAACAUUUUUUAAAUUUAGAAUUGUAUCCUAAUUUGUAUUUGACUUUAAGGUUCCUGAGCUUCUAAAAAACAUUGAGUAUUUGCGUCACUGCAGCUGCCAUAAACACAAUUAUUUUUAAGAGUUUUUGUUGCGAUCGACAUUGCCUCAAAUUCUCGCGAUUGUGUAUAUUCUUACUUACAAUAUUCAUUAUAUAAUAUAUAAUAUAUACUUAGUCGUUUUAUCUGUUCACUUAUUUUGAUGCGCUUUUAUAUUUAAAAUUUGAAUGGAAUUUUUCAAAUUCAAUUUAAAAAAAUUUCGGAUUGCGUUCUAAAAUAUUUGAUACCCUAUUUGUUAAGCUAGAAUCUUUAAAGAGAAAACAAUUACUUUUUCCUUCGAACGAUAAAAAUAUAUGUAUGAUUAUAUUUAUUUUUUAAUUAGCUCUCUUUUUGUGAAUAUUGAUUUUAGAAAAUAGUUGUUAAAAAUUGUACCUAACCUAUCUACAUAUAUAAUUAUAUAAUUAUAUACGAAAGAUAUUUAUAAUUUAAAACCGUGAGAACUCAGCAAAAUACGUUUUAAAAUUCGUCGUCUGUAUAUUUAACUCUUUCACCCUAUACCUAUACACUAAAUAAACAUCACCGAUACAGUAUACUACCCUAAAUAUCGUAGUGUGUGUAGAAAUCGGUUAUAGAUCACGUCCAGCACUUUGAAGGGGCAUCAGUAUUUUUUUUUUUUUUUUUUAAUCCAUCGCAUUGUUGUAAAUCAUAUUAUAUUGUAUACAAGAGUACACAGCGUGAAUCGUUCGAGAUUUUUUUUGCCAUAGCACCCGUCCCUAUUUCAUCAUAAUACAAUCAUUGUAUAACGUUUGUUCCAGACUUUAUAUUAUAUUUUUACCUACCUACCUAGUUAUUAAUACCCUAACCCCUAACAUUUCUUCCACUUCCUGCUACCGUUGAAUAGCAGAAAAAUUAAUUCACCCUUUUAACAAAAAAAAAUAAUAAUAAUAAUAAUAAAAAUCUCAACCCUACUUGUUGUAGUUUUUAUAUAAUAUACAUAUUAUAUAGUAUAGAGAAUACCCCUUUUAAUAAUUUUAAAUUCGUGGGGGGACCGUCAUAAAAAAUUUGGACGCCCGGUGUAACGUAUGUAUUUAUUAGUAACUUUAUAAUGCGCAUACAUAAUAUACAGAGCUAAGUUAUUUUUGUCCGUUUACACAAAACUUUAUUAGAUCAAUAAAUAGUUAUUGAUCCAAUAAAUUGGGUAAAAAAGAAACUACCUAUUGUGUGUUUUAUAAAUUAUAUUAAAUUUUAUAUGAAAAUCAAGUUUUUUGUUUGGCCGCUACUUCCAUAACCUAUUAUUGAAUAACAAUAAACUUUAAAGAACAAGUUGUUUGCAAGCUGCGAGAAUGUAUUGGUUUUAUUAUGAUAUGUGCUUUUAUUAUUAUUUUUGUAUUUGUAUACAACUUUUCUUGAUUUUUUUGGUUGUAUAGACAUUAGACACAGACAUUUUAUUAUUUAGUUUUACUUAUUUGAGAUUAUCAACGUGCAUGCACAAGGUACUUACGAACUAUACAUUAAUGUUACUUUAUAUUACCUGAUUACACGUAUGGAUUAGUUCUACCGCGGGAUAGGUGAUCAGCCAUUAUCAUUUUUUUUCUACAAAACGAGCAUAUAAUCACGUUAGCUUACAAAUUGUAAGUGUCAUAUGUGCUUGCGCAACACUCAUUAUUAUUAUCGUAUUUUAAUAUAGGUACCUACUGUUUAAUUUAAUUCUAUAUGGUAUUUUUAAAAUGAAAUUGCCAAAAGUUCCAAAUUCAAAUCUGUCAUCUAUUGAAAAAUGAAUUAAAUCAUACAAAAUUACAUUUUAUGUUGCAUAAUUUAUAUUUUUCUUGAAUAUUUUUAUCUGUAUAAGAAGUGCACAUUUAAUAAUUAUUAGUGUAUGGAAAUCCGUCCUUUAAUUAUUAUUUAUCACUAUUUGUACUUAUUACAUUAAUUUAGUAAAAAGAUCUGAAAAUAAAUAGAUGGUAGAUUGGUUGCUAAUAUUUCGUUUUGCUACAGAGUAGAGCAAAACACAGAUAAUUAGAUGAUUGAUAGUAAUCAUGUAAGAUAGUAGCAGAACCCGAUUAAUCAAUAGGUAGAAUAGGCUAUUAUGUAAGAGGAAGGGGGCCACUAUUAAUUAUUUUUCUUUCAAUAAACUUGUAGCUCUUAAGCUGCUUAGCAUGCGUAUCAGUGGCGUAUCCGUACGCUCAUCAGUGGCGUAGCAUGAGUACAGAGCAUACUUUACGUCAACAAUAAAUAACAUAAGUUAUUUUAUUACUACAUUGAUAGUAUUUUAUAAUAAAAUCUUGUAUGGAAAAUAAUCGAAAAUGUAAUUGAAAAAAAACUAUCGGGAAAUACAAAUUUUCGUCUGGAUUAUGAUUAAUUAUUAGUAGUUAUUAUUAGAUUAACCGAUAACUCCCUGUGAUAACGUUUUGUUACAUAAAUUAUUUUAAAGACGAAUUGUUUUGGUUUAACUUUAUAAUAAAUGUAAAAUGAAUAGAUAUAUUAUGCUAUUUAUUAUAAUAUUAUAUUUCACUUAUUUAAAUUUGCAAGUAUUCAUUAAAUUAGUUGUUAAUUUGAACGUCAAGGUCGUUUUAUGAUUUCUCAUGUAAUUUUCUUAAUAGUUCGAAAGAAAAAAAACGGAAAAACUUAGGAAAGGCGGGAAUAUUUACAGCAUUAUCGGUUUUAUUAUUUUAAUUUUUGCCUUUUUAUUAUGAAGAAAUCUGAAAACUAAAAUGUUUAAAGAAUCCUUUUAGGUCCUUUUCUAAACGUAGAUAGAUUUUCAAAAUAUUCUGGCGACUUUUGAUCUAUGCACAAUUAUACUCUAUAUGGGUUUUCUUAUUAUAAUUUGCUUUAAUGUGGAUAAAACUGUUUAGUGGAAUAGAAAUACUUGAUAAUUGUAUACGAGAUACAUACAAACAAAAAAUGUUUAGCGUAUUGUAAUUGGUUUUAUGAUCAGAUUUUGACGAAAAUCGUAAAUAUCACGGUAUGUAAUCCAAACAUCUACAACCGAACAUUGUUUUAGAUUCGUACCUUGUUUAUUGUUGAAUACGGAUAUAGAUUAAAUACAUUUAUGUAGCCUAUUUAUCAAACUUUCCUAAAACCUAAAACCAAGACUGGAAAAAAAAAACUGUUUCGUUUUCGAUUUUAUACCGAUUUGAAGCCCUAGCUAAUUUAUAAUACUAUUAUUUAUUUAUUCUAAUUUUUUUCAAACUUAAUUUAAUCUAUAUUUUUCAAACUAUUGAUAAAUUAUUAUUGAUCAUUAUGUGUGAACUUAAUUUUAGUGAGGGAAAUAAUGUUUUGUUCCCCGGUAUGAUAAUAUGAUAUUGAUAUUACUCACCGAUACCGGUAUUAUUUUUCCAUUAGAAUAUGUAUCAAAUAUAUACAUCAGCUUUAUACAUUCCAGAAACUGCAAAUAGAACUCAUCCAUCUAAAAGUCACCUCGGUAUUUUUAUAAAUUUCAUAUUUUACAUAUUAUUUUCGAAAUAAGUAUUAUCUUACAGGCUAAAUUUUAUUCCAUAAAUACGUAAACUUAGGCCAAUACUAGCUGCUAUUAAGAUAGUUGGUUGCAAAAACAUUUAAGGGUGCUUUAAUUUUAAAUUCUGAAUGAAGUAAGAAAUGUUUUGAUUUUGAAAUUAAGUUUUUUUUUUAUCAGUAAACAAUUUUUCUACAAGAAAUCUUGCUCCGAUUUUCAAGUAUGGCAUUUUUUCUGAAAGGAAAUCUAGACUGGGGUAGUACUUUAGGAAGGUCUUUUUUGGAUUUUCAUAGUUGUUUUCAUAAUAAAUAGAAAAAUUAAGAAUUUUACGGCCUUUCAGAACAUUGAUAACCGAACUUCGCUCAUAAUCGUUUUUCGUUGGCAAUGAUUAAUCUUUGCGUACAGAUAAACAUUAAAUUUCCCCUCUAUUAUUCUAAGUUUUCACCUACAACAGUGGCUCACCCAUCGUGUGAAAUAUGUCAGUUUGUUUUUGUUAUUGAGUCCAUUAGAUUAUAGAAUACAAAUUUAAUUUUGUUCGCUUGUCCGAACUUUCCAUAAUACGUUCAAACUUAACAUAUCUAAUAAUUUAUAUUAUGACAUUUUUUUAAUGCGAUUAAAACUACGCUGUGUUUAUAAUUUAUAUUUAUUUAAUUAUAAUAACAGGCUCGAGUUCAUGACAUCAACAUAUUUACAAAAAAUUAUAAAUUUAGCAUACAUAUACUAUUGGUUUGAAGAAUAGAAAGUGUUAGGUUAAGAUUAUUAGAAAUAUUAAGAACAAAAGAGGAAAGUGUUGGUAUUGGCAAUACACAUAAAGCGGAUAAUUGGUUCUUUGAGUCCAUAAUUAGUAGAGCGAAAAGAAGGAGAAAAUAUUUUAGUUGAACGGGUAAUACCAAGAGGAACAAAAAAAUUAAGUUUAGAAAGUAAGAAUAGACAAUCAAUGUCAUUGGAGAGGAGAUUCUGCAAGAAGCAUAUAAUGGCUGAAUGUCUGAGGUCUAGACUAAGCUUACUAGAUUAAGAGGACAGGGUCAUAAACAUACGGAGAGGAGUACUCAAUUUUGAGUAGGAAAGUUGUAUGCUUAAGAUAUUUGCAUUGUUCUAGUUCUAAUUGCAUGCAGACGAUUGCAGUGUGGGUGUAGCACAAAACAAAAUCAUAUUUAAUGAUUGGACAAACGAAGGCACAACAGAGAGCUUUAAAAUAUGCCGGAAAUUUGAAUUUAGAAGAAAUACGUUUCAAUAAUACGUUUCGUUAUAUAAUUAUAAAAUAAUAAAUUUGGAAAAAAAAAUUAUUGUAAUAAAUGUGAGUGAAAGUAAUCGAAUUAUUUAUUGACUUGAAGAACACAAUUUAUUAAUUGUGUGAUUCCCGUCUAUAAAAUAUCACAUUUAGGUACAUUGCAUUUAAAAUAAAUACUCCAAAUUUUCUUGUGAUGUCGUGGACCUCAAUUUUAUUUUGUCUAUAAAAGUUUUAACUUCAAGAAUGCACGUUAGUUAAUGAAAAUGUAUAAAUUAUAAUAAUAAGUGCUAUUACAUAUGUUUUGUAAACCAAGUACAAACGAAAUAUGUACAUUUUUUUAAUUUCAUUCUAUUCAACCACAUAGUACACCACAAAAGGUUUUACUGUUUAAUAAAAAUAUAUUUUUGGGUGACCAAGGAAAGAAAUUCAGUUGUCGGUGGUUAACGUAUGACGAAAAAAUUAAAUGUUAUAUUGCAUCAUAUUGUUAUGAUUAAUUUACAGAAAUUAUACUUCAAAAUUUAGUUUUAGGUUCAACGAUUGGGGAUAUAGUUAAAAAUAUAAACAUUCUAAAAACCACAUUUCAUCUGGGCAGUAGCUUAUGUGCAAGGUAAACAAGAAAAAAGUGUUUACGUUUAGUACGUAUUUGGUAAACAAAUGGCAAAACGGAUGCUAAAAAAGGAAUUGAUUUCUUUUAAAGAGCUAUCCCUUUAUAGAAAUAUUUUUUUCAUUUUUUGCUGCACUGAAUUAUUAAUUAAUAAUAACACAAUGUAUAGCAUUAUAGAUAAAAAUUUAGUAUUUAUAGAUAAAAUAACAAUUCUACAUUCAAAAUAAAAACAGUCGAUAGUGGGUAUUUUUAUAACAGUGUGAUUAUUCGAAAAAAUUCAGCUUUUUUUUUAAAUACUAAACAUUAAAGGAAAAUGACGAGCUGUUAGCAAAUGUAUGUCAACCCAUCGAAAAUAUGGAAGGAUUCGAUGAUGCAGGGAAGAUUUUUUUUAAUAUACUCUGCCACAUAGGUAAUAGUUUUAAUUUAGGUUUUUUUUUCUAUGCCCCGUAGGUAUGAAACGUAAGAACGCGGAAACUGCUGCGAAUACGAAGAUAACUAGGAUAAACAUAAUGAAAAUGCCCGGAUUUAUCGAAAUCGAUUCGUCUCACUCGAGGAAAAUCGUAUGGUACUACGCCAAAAAUAUUCAAAAUUUCGAAAAUUACAAAAAAUUUCUCCUUUCAAUCAAACCCGCACUAAUUCUUCUUCUCAAGUCAUUAACAGAAAACAAUCCGAUUAAAUUUAAUUUGAAGCUGGAAGCCACGUACUUCAAACCGCAAGUUGAAAAUUCCACCGAGAAUAGAGCGUUCAAGACCUCAGCCAGGGAAAUUUUCUUUGAUAGUGAAAUAGAAGACGUCGUAGAAGAAAAAUUUGCAAAAUUACUAAAAGAAGAAGAUAUAUAUCAAGGACGGGGUAGCGGCUUUUCGUUACAGAGUAUCAACGGCGUUUUAUUAGGUGUUUAUAAAUAUACACCUAUGGGAGGCUCUUCAUAUAUUCCACUACCCGCAGACAUAAAACAUAAACGAGCCGUAAUCAAUUCACAAAAUACUGACGAAGAAUGUUUUAAAUGGGCGAUUUUGGCGAAACACGUUACGGAUAUACACAGAGAGCGAGUAAACGAAAAGUAUAGAGAACACGAGGACAAAUAUAAUUUUAAUAAUUUAUCUUUCCCGACACCGCUUACGGAAAUUAAAAAUUUUGAAAAAAAUAAUUCGAACGUAUCCGUAAAUGAUUACGGAUUGAAAAAGGAAAAAAAACAAAAAAACUGUACAUACCGUGUUUCCACUAAAAGUAAUAGACAAGGAGAAGACGGACCAUUUCGAUAUCCUAUUAAUUGUAGAAAAAGGCAUGAUAAUGAUAACUGAUAAUAGCUGCGAACACUUGGGCGGUGAUAGUAUGUAUGUGCAUGUAUAGUGGUGGGUACGGGGAGGGGCGGCAGUGUGCGGCGGCUUCGCGUAUCCAUAUAGGUGAUAAUGUUAGUGGUAACUGAUAAUGAAAAAAAAAAAGUGGGCGUGGCUAAAUAGGUCGAUGAAGAGAUGGACAUCUCGGGCGGCUGUGUUAAAGUAUAGCUCCUUAAUCCUUGCUCCCCCUUGCUCCUGAUCCUGAUCCUGAUCCUGAUCCUGGGUUAGAACCGGCCUUUUCAUACUACCAUAGUGUUAUCUAAAGGUCAAUAGUAAUUUUGAUGACAAUGGGAGCUUAAAUAAUAAAUUUAUAACAUAAUACAAGAAAACAAGAAAGUUAAAAAUCCUGUAAAAUUAGAAAAAUAGCCGAGAAAGGUAUAGAUUUUGUAAUUCAUAAUUACAACGGUUUAUUUAUUAAGUUCAUAAUUUAUUAUGCACUUUACAGAAUUUAG